UGUGACAGCCAGCUCCCCUCUCUCUCUCUCUCUCUCUCUCCACCCAUGAAGGACACCCAGUUUGUGUAAUAUGGAGGCACAGGAAGGACAGGAGAGCCUCCACACACGGAGGGAAUGCCUGGGGAACUCUGCUCCGUGUUUCCAUCAGGAUGGGAAUCAGCAGAUUUGAGACAACAUGACAGAGAGUGACAGAUUUCUUCUUUCUUCACUGGAUGGAUUCACUGCAAGCCCGGCACCGUCCACAUGACUGGAUUUAAAAGCUGAGGUUGUCCAGUGUAGUUUUCUGCACACAGCGACCAUGGGGAACAUCUUCCAGUGCUGCCACGCUCUGUUGAGCUUCUUCAAGUGUCAGGACACACCGGUUCAUAGUGGCGCAGAGCAGUCCCCCCUUCUGUCCAGCGAGGAAAGCGAGUUGGACUCCUCGAGCUCGCUGUACGACUUGGAGGACAGUGCAACAAACCCACCAGCUGGCAUAACAAACCCAGCCCUCGAGCUGGAGCAUUUUCUGUUUCCCGACAUCGUACUAAGCAGCAACCCUGGAGGCGAGGUGACUCUGGUGGAGCCCAUGGUGUGUCUGCUGGUGUCCGAGGAGGACGAGGAGCCGAGGCUGGGAGAGGAAGGAGAAGUAAGGAGCCGCAGGGAAGGAAGAAGCAGGACUUUCUCCGAGGUCGAGACGCAGACCGAACCGGAGACUCCGAUCAAUGCAGGGGUGCAGACUCAGACAGACUCUGAGGCAGAAAUUCAGACACGGGCAGAUGUACUCGACGAGAUGGAAAUCUGCUGGGAGGAAAAAACGAUGCUGGUAGAUUUGCUCUUAGGGGCGCAAACGUCCCGAGACAACCCUUCACAGCUUAACGCAGCGUUACUGAGGGGAGAACCACAAAGCGUAAACACAGGAGGUUCUGCAGAGUCAGAGCUGACAGGAAGGGAAGGAGAGAACAGCGAGCCAUGGGAGUUUGAAGAUAUCACAACUUCAACAGAAGCAAUACCCCAAAUAAAGCAACAUGUCAAACUGGAAGAAGAUCUAACCAGUGGAGCAGAGAGGCAACAGAGCGAGGGAAAUGCUCCUGGGGUUGUUCGGACGGAGCAGCUCCGUGCACCGGCGCCUCCAAGUGAAAACGGCGGAGAUAAAAACUUUGAGAGGACUGAACACAAAACGGGCAGCAUGGAUCAGAAUAUUUGUGCAGAAGAAGACCGUAAUAGCACUGGAAACUGUCUUAGCUCUGCUGGACUUCAUGAGGACCUCCUAGUAGAGGAUGAGGGUCCUGACUACGGUUCAGGACAGACAUCUGGGCCUUUGGCUCAUCAAGUAGGAAAUGAAAAGGAUUCCCUAAUUACCUACACCGAUGAGUUAGCAGACCAGUCCACUUUUACCAAGGGUCACAUGUAUGGUCAGAAAAACAUGAAGCCAGCAAAGGUAGAAGAGGAGGAACAACAGGCUGGCGAGAACCCUGUUACAGAGAAGGAGGCAGCUGAGGAGGAGGAAGGAGCAGAGAGAGAGGAGAAGAUCCUGUUUUUAGCUAACAGACCGUUUCUGGGAGCAACGCUUACCAAAGGACUCACUGAGGAUCCUCAGCUGCCCAAUGAGAAAACCACCGGGCCAAGCCUGGGAGAUGCAGCUGAUCUUCACGAGGAUUGUUUUACCGUCAUGAUUCAGCCGCCCGGGACAGACAGUUUUGAGCUUGAGGUGUCGGGACGGAUGUUGGUGUCUGAACUCCAUCAGGUGCUUCUGGAACAUGAGCUCACCUGCCACCGUUCCUGCUUCUCGCUGCAGCUGGGAAACACCGCCCUGGACGGCCUGGCGGAGCUCGGCUCCAUCGAGGGCAUUCAGGACGGGGCGCUGAUCAGGGUGGUGGAGGAUUCAUACUCGGUGCGCGAUGCUCGUGUUCAUCUCCGACACGUACGCAGUCUGCUGAGGAGCCUCGACCCCGCAGACGCGUACAAUGGUGUGAACGGCCGCUCUCUGUCCUACCUGUCCCUGUACGCCAGGGCAGACCAAAGCAUUGAAGGUGUGCCAAAGAGGCGUGCCUCUGAAAAGGAUGCGGUGGACUGCAGCCCUCCCGCUUACAUCCUGCCUGGAUGCAAAGAGAGACUCCUUACUCCACUGCAGCCGGUCAGAGAUGACUGGAAGCCUUUGCAGUGCCUGCGAGUCCUGACCCUAAGCAGCUGGAACCCGCCUCCAGGAAACAGGAAGAUGCACGGAGACCUGAUGUAUGUCAACGUCCUGACGAUGGAAGACAGAGAGCUCAGCAUCACGUGCUCCACACGGGGUUUCUACCUCAACCAGUCCACUGCCUUCAGCUUCAACCCCAAACCUGCAGCUCCUAAAAUCCUCUGCCACUCUCUGGUCGUGCUUCUGAGCCAACUCAGUCCCACCUUCAAGAAAAACUUCACGGCCCUGCAGAAGAGGAGAGUUUAUCAGCACCCCUAUGAGCUUAUUCCAGCUCCGUUCCAGGUCUAUACCUGGGCGGCGCCUCACGGAGACCAUUCCCUGGACUGCGUCAGCGCAGAGGAGACGUACACAAGCCUUAUGGGCCGGGACGAGCAGACAACCGGACAGACUCGAGACUGGAAUGAGGAGCUGCAGCGAUCCAGGGAGCUUCCCAGAGGUUCCCCACAGGAGCGACUGCACAGAGACAGAUGCAUCUUCAAGAUCAGCAGCGACUUUGUUGCAGCUGCAGCUCAAGGCGCCGUGUCCAUUAUGGACGGCAACGUCAUGCCAUUAAACCCAGGGGAACGGUCUCAUCUCCAGAUAUUCGUGUGGAAUAACCUCUUCUUCAGCCAGGGAUUUGACAUGUCUGAGCACUACAAGCCAAUAGGGGGCGAUGCCGCUGCUCAUGCUGCUGCCAUGUGUGACCUGAGAGGAGUUCAGGCGUAUACAUCCCUUGACAUCGAGGGGCUUCACACACUCGGGACGGCUGUGAUGGACUAUCGUGGCAUCCGUGUCAUUGCUCAGACCAUCGUUCCCGGGUUACUGGAAAAAAAACAUGACCAGAUCGUUUACGGCUCUAAUGACAACGGCAAAACCGUUUAUACUCACCCACGAUUUUUGGAGCUUCUAGAUCAGAGCACUAGCUCGCUGAGAAUCCAGCGACACCAGGUCCUCGACCACAACAACGGCCCAGUGGAGCUUUGCUCGGCCGUCUCCACUGUUGGCAUAUUUGGCAACGAUGGGCGGCCCUACAUCUUGGACCUUCUGCGGACUUUCCCCCCAGAUCUGAACUUCCAGCUCCCGGAGGCAGCUGAGAUGGAGGAGGAGGUGCCCAAAGAGUGUCAGAGCUUUGGUUACCCACAGCUUCAUCCUCAUGGCCUGGCCAGCCUGAGACCAGAGCUGUUAGAGGCCUACGUCCAGCACAGGUAUGAUGAGCUUUUUGUAAAGAUGGCGCCUGAGAACCUAAGCCAACUUUGCACCGCGGAGAAGAAUGAAGAGAUGCAGAAAGCUACAGAAUGCAACAGAAGAAAUAUCAUCUCAGAAGCUUGUAAAAAUAUCUCCCCCGUGAGCGACUCUUGCUUUGACAUCCACUUCAAUCCCGAUGUUCGCUUUCCAGGCGUACGUUUCCCCUCUGAGUAUCUCCCGGAGCUGGAGAGGCAGAGACGGCUGCUGUGGGAUGCGGCUGCUUUUCUUCUUUCAAAUCAGAUUCCUGCCGUGCUGAGGGACUGUCUCGACCGUACAGCAGUCCCAAUGGAUGGAGCGACUCUGACCUCAGCAAUCCAUCGGCGGGGUGUUAAUGUACGAUAUCUGGGUGCCUUACUGAGGGAGCUGGACAAGCUGGAGGAGAGGGAGAGACUCUGCUACAUACAGAGGAUUUCCAUCAGUGAAGUCCUAAUCAGAAGUGCAAAACACAUCUUCAGGACCUAUAUGAAGGAUGUGGAGCCAGCAGCUUUUUCUGCAGCUGUCAGUCACUUUCUAAACUGCCUCCUGAGCUCGUCCUCCUUUGUCCCCGAGUCAUGCGCCGAUGAGCCCCCGUCCCGUCGCAGGAGCCGGCGGCGGCGAAGCCAGAGCAGUCGAGCAAACAUGUCGACAAACAGAGUGUGGGCCAGACUGACGUCUGAUGAGUUGUGGAGCCGGAUCCGGACAGAGGCGCAAGAUUAUUACCACUACACAUUUACAAGUGAGAGUAUAGAGGGAGUAAUAGAAAAGCACAACCUUCAGAGGAUCUCCCUUUUGAGAGAGAUGGCCAUCAAGACAGGCAUUCAGGUGCAGCUGAGAGAGUACGUGUUUGAGUGUCGGCACAAGCCGGCGUUCAGUGAGGAGGAUGUUGUGAACAUGUUUCCUGUGGUCAAACAUCUCAAACCUACGUCGGCUGACGCCACCGGGCUUUUACAACAAGCACAGCUGGCAGUACAGCAGGGGCUUUUGGGAGCAGGUAUGGACUUGAUCAGCCAGGCCCUGACUCUCUUCAGCAGCGUUUGUGGGGUCUUGCAUGAAGACGUUUGCUUGUGUCUGCGGCUGCUCGGGCGGCUCAGCUACAUCUUAGGAGAAAAUGACGACGCUGUUAGCCUUCAGGAAAAAGCUGCGCUGACUUCUGAGAGAAUACAAGGAAUAGACCAUCCACAGACCAUACAGGACUACACUCACCUGGCCCUGUACUGCUUUGCCGGGGGCCGCCUCUCGCCGUCCCUUCGGCUCCUGUAUCGCGCUCGAUACCUCGCCCUGCUUGUUAUCGGAGACGAUCAUCCGCAAGUUGCACUUCUGGAUAGUAUGCUGGGCUUAGUUCUCCAUGGGCUGAUGGAGAAUGAGCUUUCAUUGAAGUUCCUGCAGGAAGCCUUGACUUUAACCUCUAAAUACUAUGGGGCAAAGUCCCUCAAGCAUGCUCACAGUCAUCAUGUGCUUGCCACCGUGUACGAGAGCAAAGGGGAGUUUCGGUUGGCUUUGCAACACGAAAAAGAGGCUCAUUUAAUAUACAAAAAUCAGGUUGGUGAGAACAGUGACAGUACGAAGGAAAGCUCAGAAUACCUGAAGAGGCUCACUCAGCAGGCUGUGAACCUCCAGAGAGCCAUCAAUCAUAUCGCCUCUGGCAAACCGAGUGCCUGUGUCUCCCCUCCGAGGUUUCCAACGCCAAGUCAUCCUGUGAUCCUGCAGCAGCUCAACCUGACGUGUGGAAUUACUGUCAUCCCUCUCAGUGGAAAAGAGCUCGGCGAUCUGAGGACAGAACUGAACGAAAGAGGAAAAGUUCAAAUGGAAGACCUGGAAAAUCGUUUAUUAAACCAAAAAGGCUUGAGGACCCCCAACAACAAAUAACAGCUCUGAAAUGGAGCAACUCCGACACACGUACAUGUUUUGGGAAAAUGGUCCUGCUCAAAUAGGAGGCAGGCAGAUGGUGUGAAAAACUUGGUUACCCAGGUGCAGUCGUCUCCUUUGCGAUAGUUCAGCCGUCCUCUGAACACGGAGACACCUCUGGGAAAGAUGUGUGAAAAGCUUUAAAAUGAGUUUAUCUUUAAUUCAAGUGAAAAAUCUGUCAAUGAAAACAAUAGAAAAAUCCAACCUUUAAUCAAAAUCUAGUUGCGCCCCUUAAAAUUCCUGCAAAAUGAAUGCAGCGGAAAUUUUUUUUUAAUAUAUACUUUCCUUUUUUGGUUGUAUAUAGUGUCUAUGAAUUUUUGGUUAGUAUUUAAUGGCAACCUGUGUCCUGAAUGAAUAAGCUGACACAAACUACAUUUUUCUUACCCAGAUUUCAAAAUGGGAAAAACAAGAGAAUAUGCCACUCAAGCAAGGCAGAUCUGUGUUCAUGUGAAGUCAGGCGUUUGCUUCAAAAGAUUGACACUUCCCUAAAAUGCCUUUAUGUGCAAUCAGACCUAUAGAUAAAAAGUUUAAAAUAAGUCCGACUAAGACAAACAAGGGUGGACAAGGACCCACGUUCAUCUCACUCUUCCUGGACUGUUUCACCGUGGAAUCCUCAAGUCUCCCCAACAUCCAUUUGUUUUAAGGCUUUUGUGCAUUUUCUUACCAGAAGUGCAGAAAAUCCUGCAGGGCAAGCUGUCAACAAAAAUGUUUUCUAAAGAAACUAUCUUACCGUGCAAAGCCGAAACGGCUGCAGGAGAUUUCAAGAUAGCAAAGAGAAAAGAAAAUAAAUGGGAAAAAAAACGACACUAAAAAAAAGCGACCAUUAGUCAAAGGGACUAAGCACAGACAAACAGAUGAAGGAGGAAACCAAGGAACAAGUUCCACUUAGAGAAGAUAUGAAGUAAUAAUGGUUUCUUGCUAAAUAGCCUAGCCUAUAUAUUUCAUCUAGAGUUGCUUGUAUCAAACAUUUCAGACUAAGUUACUACCUUGUAAGCAAACCGGUAUGAUUAGUAUUUAUCAAGGACUACAGAGACACUUUAACAGGAGCGAUGAGUGGUGAGCCUUUACUUUCUGUGUGAUCGGGUUUUUUUUGUUUUGUUUUGCAACUGCGAAUAUUUUUAAACCACCAAAUGUAUGUUCCUUGCAAACGAGGGAAGGUGUGGGAGCCUUGUUUUAGCCGACUGGUCAACGAUGUGCAGCAACAGGUGGGGGAGGGAGAUGUGCAUUGCUGAGUCAACUAGUCAUCAGACUCAUCACAAGACUUUCUCUGAGAUCUUGUUUAAAAGACUUUAAACAUGGGAACAAUAUAAUUAGUGUUUUGUUUUCAACCUUAACUUUUUUAUACCUUAGCAUACGUCAAUUCUAAUGACCGGCCCAUGCGUAUUGGAACCUGGACAGAUUACAGGUCUAAACAAAAUAAUAGAUAAACUAUGUUAAACCAAAACUUAAAAACAUUUAAGAGUGCUGAAAACCUGAAGAUCAUGACAGGUCUGGAAUCUUCAGUUUCUGACCUUGUAAUCCUUUCUGUGUCCACUAGGUCUCACACUUGUGCCACAGUCAUGUCCCUGUCCAUAACAUGUUUAUUUUUUUUUUUAAUGCAUGAUGAAUAAUAACAUGUUUAAUGGUACUGUAUUGACUCAUUAGCAUAUAAUCAAUGCUAGAUUCACUGGCAACAAGAAAUGUUGUCUUUGUUUGGCUGGAGCAAGUCAUACUGGUGACUUAAUGAAUUCUUCAACAUCAAUAAAUGUCAUAAUUUCUCCAA